AUGAACGUGGCCUGCACUACUACUGCAGCUGCCCUACCGACAGUUGGGGCGAGUAGUGGCUUGCCCACACCGCCCUUGGGGUCAGCAACGGCGCCAACAACGGCGGCGCAUCACUUUAGGAUUGGUACAAGUAGUAGGCGUAGUAGUAGUUCGGGGAGUAGUAGCGGUGGAAGUAAUGCUGCCGGCACCGCAAACAUGAGUGCGGUCAGUGGUGGUAUGGUAGGGAGUAGAGAGCAGAAUAGGAAGAGAAGAAGACACAGUACGCUCUCUAGCAGCGGCUUUGCUUCAGGCGAUUCGGAUAAUGACGCACCACCCACGUUUCGGCUUCGACUUGGUAGCUAUGUCUCCGACUUCCGCCUGCGGGGUGGGAGGAGAAGAAGAAGAAGAAGUCAUUCAUCCAGUCCGCAAGUGCAACCUCCUUCGCCAUCCGGUCUAGUGCGACACAGACAUCAGUUACGCAUCCAAACCUCGCUCUCGGACAAAGACCAAGUGGCCAGCUCAGUCUCACCAACAACGAUCACUCAAGCAGUAUCAACAAGAGGCGAUACAGCAGAUGUAGAGAUGGAUCUCGACGUACAAAACACAUUCCAAGCUAUGCAAGUAGACUCUCCUGCCGCUUCACCUUCUCCUCUGAACCCCAUCAGUACUUCUUUCUUCUCUUCUUCCGCAAACCCGCUCCUCAUCCCUAGCCGCUCCUCAUCUACUUUAGCACUGCAUCGUCGGCCAUCGCCAAUCCCGUCAGGCCUCUUCCAACCGCUACAGACAGAUACAAGAUACCCAACACGCUCUCCCUCGGCCCCUUCCACUCCAGCGUCAGUGUCCCUCCCAAGCAUAUCGAUGGUCGCACACGCAAACGCGUCUCCAUUCACACCAGGUGUCUUUCCAACUCAAAGCACCAUCUUAGCUGCCAGGAGGAAUUCAAGACAACCUCUAAGCAGCUCUUCGAAAAAUACACCCGUCAGUCCGUCUCCUCUGGCUAAUAGUACAAGUUAUACCCAACAAUCAUCGCAUCAGCAUUUUCAGCAUAGUUCCGGUUCAAGUUUACAGCAUUCAAGUAGUUUCAGAGGGAGGAGAAGUAGGAGUACGUGCACUCCACCCGAUCCCAGUCUCAGUGAGGAGGUGUUGGGGGGAGGAGCGGAAGGGCAGGUUCCGCCAUCUCCAGUGAGACGGCAUUCGGAUGGGAAGGCUGUGCCUUCUCCAUUGCGGUACGAGGGAGGUCCUUUUUAG